AAUAAGAUUUUGUAUAUAUUUUUUGCAGAAAAAAAGCAUUUGUGUUUGUUAUUUAUAAAUUUAGCACAUUAGCAUAAAAACGAACGAGAGAAUGGCAGCGCCAAGUGUUUUAUGAGGUACGUGCGCAUCACAUCACAGAAUAUUUUCAAAAUCUUUAAUACAAUCCUACGAAUCCUUAAACUUCAAACCAUUUAAGGCUUAUAAUAAUAAUGUGUCGAAAAUGAAACCGCAAACGCCUAAAACUAUUAAGCGCGGAGAUCGAAUUUUGACGGAAAAACCUUUUGCGUUUGUGCUUAAAUCAAAAUAUCGCAAAGAGCGAUGUGAUAACUGUCUAAGCAGUACCAAAGUUAUGAAAUGUUCCAACUGCCAUUAUGUUUACUAUUGCAAUCGUGCCUGCCAAAUGGAGGCCUGGCCUUUACAUAAAAUCGAAUGUCCAUUCCUUAAACGCAUUUAUCCCCGUGCCGUACCAGAUGCUGCUCGUAUGCUUUGCAAGUUGAUCAUCAAAUUGAAUAAUGGUGGAGAUAUGGAGAAAGGCUAUUAUACCGAAACCUGUUUUAGAAAAUUUAGAGAUUUAAUGUCGCACUAUCAAGAAAUCAAAAAUGAUGCCAAACGCAUGGAACACUUGGAAUCAUUGUAUGCUAUACUGUGUGAAAUGAUGCAGGACAGUGUUAUUGUGCCAAAUCAAAUGGAGUUAUUGACUAUUUAUGGACGGCUUGUUACAAAUGGUUUCAAUAUACUCGAUGCAGAAAUGAAUUCAAUUGCCACUGCCAUCUUCUUGGGGGUUUCUGUUACCGAUCACAGCUGCAAACCAAAUGCAGUGGCUACAUUUGAGGGUACAACAUUGCAUAUACAUGCCACUCAAGAAAUGGAAUGUUUGGAUUGGUCAAAAAUUAAUAUCAGCUAUAUUGAUUUGCUAAAUACGCCAGAGCAUAGACGUAGAGAUUUGAAGGACAAUUAUUAUUUCUUGUGCAUUUGUAGCAAAUGUAUAGAUGAGCAAGAAACAGUGGAAAUGGAAUCGGGUUGUUGUAUAAAUCGAAAGUGUAAUGCUGCUGUAGAUAUUUCCUUGAAUAACUGUCCACAGUGUGGCACUGGUAUAAUCCCUCCCCACCGUAAUGCUUUUAAGGAAGUCAUGGCCUUAACUAAGCAUCAGUUAGAAACCAUGAAAGAUGUUGCCUAUUUAGAUGUUUGCAAGGUUUUAUUGAAAAAGCAGCAGGAAAUUAUUCAUCCUUUAAAUGUCUGGCAUAUAAAAACAUUGGAUGCUGCCUUUGAAGCAGCUAUAGAUGUAGGCAAAUGGUCAGAAGCUUUGGAAUACGGCAAAAAGUUGUUGCCAGGUUUUCGCAAAUAUUAUGGUAAUUGGAAUCCUUUAUUGGGUUUACUCUAUCUAAAGUUGGCAAAAAUACAAUUGCACGAAUCUUGGCUUAAAGAAGCAUUAGAAAAUUUUCAAGAAGCUCGCAAAAUUCUUGAAGUUACCCAUGGCCGUGAUCAUUCGUUAAUACAAACACAAUUAAAGCCUUUGAUGUUGCAAGCCAUGGCUGAAAGUUCAGAUUAAUUUGCAUUAAACAUAGUAUUAACUUAUGUUUUUUAAUUAUAAGCUGUAGUUAUAGAUACAUGUACAUAAUUUAUUCAAUUUGUUCAAUAAAUUUUUAAUUUUAAUAAAAAAAAACAA